GUUUUGCUUAAAAUAGUUAAUAUGCAAACUAGAUAUAGUUUAAAAUUAUUAUUAAAUACAUGUGAAGCUGUACAAGGUGGUAUUACAUCUAGACUGGUUAGACAACAUACACCAGUGUUGGUUGGGAAUUUCUGCUCGAGGAAAUUAUCAACAGAAGUUGCCCCAACUGAUGAUGAAUAUUCACUUGAAUGGUUGAAUAAACCAAGACAGAAACUUGUGAUUCUUGGUACUGGUUGGGGUAGUUACAGUGUUCUAAAACACAUCAACAAAAGCAAGUAUGAUGUUGUAGUUGUAAGUCCGCGAAAUCAUUUCCUUUUUACCCCUCUGCUGUGCUCUACAACUGUAGGUACACUUGAGUUUCGAAGCAUAAUUGAACCUGUGCGAAGCAAUUACUUCCGCAAUGUGCAAGACUUUCACCUCUCACAUGCUGUACAGCUUGACCCAAAGUCAAAGAAAUUAACAUGCCAGAGUGCUGUGCAACCUGAUAACUUGUAUGAUCUUAAAUACGACAAACUAGUCAUUGGUGUCGGAGCUGUGAGUAAUACUUUCGGAAUACCUGGGGUAAAGGAGCAUGCUUUCUUUCUUAAGGAGCUUUCAGAUGCAAGAGGGAUUCGGGAUCGGAUAAUUUCUAAUUUUGAGCUCGCUAAUCAACCUGGUUCUGAUGAAGCAACUCAGGAUCAACUGUUGCACAUUGUUAUUGUGGGUGGUGGGCCAACUGGGGUCGAGUUUGGAGCGGAGUUGUAUGAUUUUCUUCGGGAAGAUGUGGCGCGUUUAUACAGCACUGGGUUGCAACAGAAAGUUAAGGUGACUUUGAUUGAAGCGAAUAAGAUUCUCGGAUCAUUUGACAAACGUUUGAGAGAAUACGCAGAAAAGAAAAUUAUCAAAAGAAAGCAAUUUGAAAUCCUGCAAGGCGUGGUUGCUAAAGUGACAAGAAAUAAUGUGCAUUUAAAAGAUGGAACUAAAAUUCCAUGUGGUUUGGUUGUGUGGUCAACUGGUCUAUCACCCCGUCCAUUUGUGCAGCAGUUAACCUUCAGGAAAGAUAAGUACGGACACAUCAUGACAAAUAGGAAGUUACAAGUUCCGGAUGUUGAUGAUGAACACAGUGUUUUUUCACUUGGUGAUUGCGCAGAUAUUGAAGGGAUGCCUUUACCUGCUACAGCGCAAGUUGCAGAGCGAAAGGGAAAAUGGUUAGCUGAAUACCUUAACGGUGACACUUCUGAAGACUUUCAGUUUUCCAACUUGGGAAUGCUGGCUUAUGUUGGUGGCUACUCUGGCCUCAGUGACUUUAAACCUAAACUUUUCAAGCUAACAGGCUUCCAUGCUUGGUUUGUAUGGAGAUCAGCUUAUUUGACUAAACUGGGAUCCUGGAAAUCACGAUUUCAAGUUCCAAUGGAUUGGUUGAAGACCUUGAUUUUCGGCCGAGACAUUUCUAGAUUUUGAGUGACAUUUAUGUUAAAAUGAUCGCACCUAGGUUUUUAGUUUAUUUAAUUUUAUAAAUUGCACUAGUGUUUGCUCAGUUCAUUAGAUACAGUAUAAAAAGUUAGUCUAUUUCGUAAUUGCAUUGCUUGUUUUAUUUCUAUGCAAAAAAAAAAAUAUGUGGCACCAUUUUUUUCCUAGAUAACAAGUGUUUUUAAUAAAGUAUUGGAUAUCAAUGUUGUAUUGUACAUUUGUACCUCUUAAAGUAAAUCAUAAAAAUGUUUUGUUAAGCAUUUACCAGAACUACAUUGUAUUUUUAUACCUGGAUGCAACAUUAUUGUUAAUUGACUGCCUAGAGUAUUAAAGAGUACUUGUUAUAGCUUUUUUAAUACCUGUGUAAUAUGUUAGACCUAGUAACCAAAGUCUUUAGAAAAACCCUUAUACUCAUUCCACUAAAUCAUUUUUGUAACCUCAAAUAUAUUUUUUAUAUAGACUACACGGAAGCUUAUAAUCAUAUUUCAAGACUACCCUACUAAUCGCAUGGUAUGAGCAUUAUUUACCACAGCAGAAAAUGUAAUUUGACAUUGUACACUGUACAUUCAUUCAUCAGCUGUAAAACUGUUAGUUAUAUUACUUUAAUCAAGUGCAUUAUUUUACCAUUUGCGUUACAUGAUGUAAUUUAUAAACCCUUUUAAACAAUGAAUAUAUUAUA